UUACUCACAAUAGUUUGACAGUCGCUCUCCGCACAUCUUCAUUUAGCACCGGCGUCAUUGUUUUGGCUUCGUUUUGUUUUGUAAUUUGUUUCUCAUGAAAUGAAAUGAUGCUAUACUUUCUGGACAAAGUUUUCAACUGCCUGGAUGAAGCCCUGCUCCGGCCACUAGCUUAUGUUAUAAAUAAGUUCGUAACCGGCGUGUACUACUUUCUGUGGGGCAGCUACUUUCUCGGCUACUGUUUGGUGGCUGGCAGUACUCGGGCCUGGCAUCUGAUGAUAUACACUGGCUGCGAGCUCCAACGCUAUUAUAACUUGCUGUACAACAACUUCCUGGAUUUGGCGGGCUAUUUCUACGGCGGCACACGUGAUGGACUUAUAAAUACCCGAGAUUUUCUCCUAUCCAGUGCCUUGUUCCUUUUGGGCCUGCUCGAUGACCUGGGAAAAGUUGGUCUUUGGGUGAUUCUGCUGCUACCGCGGGCAAUUCUCACCAUAUUGGACUAUAUACUGGCCUUUGUGGUGCACUCAAACCAGGCCCGCUGCCUGAGAUUGUUUAACAGUUUGUUCCGGAUCUCGAUUGGCGUCGUGCUGCUGCUGGUUCUCUACAUGUUCCGGCGCUACGUGUACUUGCUACUCAACUACCAGCUGCAGCGGGCCCGCACAGAGAUCUCAGAGAAAACGCAGAGCGCUUAUCUGUGGACAGAGCGCCAGCUAAACCGAAUAAUGCGGAGUGGUUCUAGCAAGGCCAACGAUGAAGCCCGACCAAGUAGCUGUGUGGUGUGCAUGGAGCGCCGAACCAACAUUGUGAUCCUGCCCUGCCGUCAUCUAUGCCUGUGCGCAGAGUGCUCAGUGCAGCUGCAAAGGUACAUGGACAUGCGGGAUCGCUGUCCCAUCUGCCGAGAGUCCAUUGAUGUCUAUAUGCGCGUGUAUAUAAAUUAUUAAAUUACACCGGAACACGACGAGUAUGCUGUUGUUAGCCGGCUUCGCGGACAGUGCUGCCGCGGCGCUGCCUUCGCUGCAGAGCGAUCGCCGCCGUUCCAAGAACUUCAACGUCGCCUUGACUUUCGCCUUGUGGGUGGUGUUGAAUUACUGCAGCUGCAUCCGCCAAACCUAUGACUCUGGUCGUGGACCUCGCUGAUAUGCUAGGUCAGCACACGCCCAGUGUCGGUGGUUAACUUGUAUAAAGAGCUUCACUUUUUUAUACCCGAUACUCAAAAUGAGUAUUGGGGUAUACUA